AUGCCCGACUCUGCGCAGGCUACGCAUCUGCUCGCCAAGGAUGAAUUUGGCAUCCUCGUACAGGAAAGUCAUGGCAAGAAGAGGACGAGACUGUCCAUAGGAAUACGGGAAGAUGAAGGUUCACCUUGGAAGAAAGUGGGACUACAGAGAAGUGUGGUACGAUCCACUAACAAUGAAGGCAGAAGGUCCACUAAAGGAGUGCAGAUCGAGAGUAGCAUUGGCGGCCAAGUGUCACUGGGCAGUGCAGAUACAACAAUAGACACAUCUAAUGUUUGUCCCGAGAGCGAGGACGGGGUUGAAGAUGGAGCUGGGAACAAGACUGAGAACGAGGCUGAAGAUCAGGCCCAGGACGCAAAUGGGGAGACGGCGCCGAAUACACCACAGGCAGCGCCGCAGGAGACCAUAGCGUCUAAUUCAGCGUCGUCUAAACCGACAGUACAUGAGUCCGAGUCCACGCCGCGAGCAACACCCAUAUCAACACCCAUACCAACACCUGAAACAACACCAGCCACUUCAUCAGCGGCGGACAGCUCUGAACCACCCCAGGGGACGUACGCAGCGCUAACGCCAGCCUUCGAUUGCUCCGACUCGGUAGAGUAUCUGAGUGGUUACUGGGUCGACAAACACUUGGCGGCAUUGGUGACUUACGCAGAAGAAACAGAUGAGCCAGUGGAGAAGGCGUGGCUGUUGGGGUCAAAGUGCCCGAAGGUGUAUUGUGAUGGUGGAGGGCUAAUCGGAAAUACAACUAACGAGCUGGAUGCAGACUUGCUUUGUCUAAGUGCUGAAGCUUUCGACCGAAAGGCUAGAAAUCGUGAAUGGAAGCCGCAAGUUCCCAUCCUGCUGAAGCAGGAUUUACUUGACAAGGGCGCGUACACUCUCGAUGAGUCGUAUGCCUAUUGGGGGUCCAAGGACUUCGCUAAGGGCGCGGGUCGGAACCACUUGGGUCUGAACGCGAUCGAUUUGCGCCCGCUUAUCAAUGUUGAUCGGCCAAUGUUUACGCGCCUAGGCCGGUAUAAGCUGCUCGAGGACCUCACCGAAAGUGUCCGGGGCGGCGGCAAUCCCGGCAAGCAACAGGAGACGAUCAAAGUAGUACAAGGUGGCGGUGAAGUUUUGGAGGCUAGUGCGCGAACUGAAAUGAGGCCAAACGACAUGGCGAGUUGCAUACAAUUCGCCCUCUUAGCCCACAAGGGAGCAUUCAGCGGGAGUCAUGUGGACAUUGCGGCCGGCACGUUCGUGCGUCAGGUAGCGGGCGAUCUCAAGUUUUGGAUGUACGUAAAGUCUUCUGACAUGAAUGUCAAAGACUGGGAGGAUCUCAAUCGCGAAGGCUGCCAUUGGUUACCGGGCGGCAAGUCUUUUCUGGCCCCGCUAGAGGAAGACGACGUACUUAUUAUGCCGCCUGGCCCGAAACUCGUGCAUGCCGUGAGCACGCCAAGCCCCUCGUACAUGGAAGGUGGUAUGUUUUGGGACGAGUGCAACAUUGUCCAGAUCCUGGAAUCAGUCCACUGGAUCUGUGAGCACCAAGCGGCCACGAAUGAAGCAAUUCCAUAUCAAUUGAGCGAGGUAUUAGUGCGCCUUUGGCGGCUACUUGAGGUGGAGAAGGCGGAGUUUCGCAACGGCGAGCAGGGCAAGAUGUUAAAUAAGACGUUUCAGGGAUUACGUAGCAAGUUCAAGCAACUGGGCUGCUACUGCAAGAACUGCGCCUUGGACGAUUGCCCAUGCGACCUGAAGAGUCGUAGAUGUACUAGGCUGUGUGAGGGGCAUCCAUAUCUGCCCGAUUCCAAGCACUCGUGCAUGAAAGAGAAGAUGGGGGAGGCUAGUGAUGCUGAAAAGGGGGUUUAG